AUGGGAAUAUCGUACGAAGUAAUUUUAAAAAAGGCGAGAGAAAUGCAAAUUGACGAGUGCAGUAGGCUCAACUUAUUAACAAUUAAAGAUAUACGAUAUUUAGCCGAAAAACAUGGUCUGCAGGGAAAAGGCACAAAAAAAGAUGAUUUUGCCCUUGGUUAUAUGAAUGAAGAGAUGAAAUAUAUGUUGCAAACCUACGGCAAGCGAAUUGUAUGUCUAGACGGAACUCAUGGGACAAACCCAUACAACUUCGAACUUACAACCCUACUAGUGCUGGACGACCUAAACAUUGGCUACCCAACUGUAUUUUUAAUCUCCAACAGGAAGGAUACCGUGGUCCAAAAAGUUUUCUUAGCAGAAAUUAAAAAGAAAAUUGAGAACCUUGUACCACAGCAUUUUAUGACUGAUGACACUUUAAUUUAUUACAACGCUUGGACUAGUAUAAAGAAUCAAAAUGUACGAGCUAAUACCUGGGAAGAAAUUUCGCAGGUGGUAAGCAAAAAUGUUGAGGAGUGCAAGAAAAGAUGGAAAAAUUUGAAGGAUGUGUAUUGGAAGAAGAAAAAGGAAGGCAAACACAGAACUGGUGAAGCAGCCAAGCGAACCACCAAAUGGGAACACAUGGAUGCGCUAGCUUUUCUUGAUAAAGUGACGACAUACAGACAGUAUAAACACAUACUCUGGCCACCAAGGAAAAGAAAAACAACUAACGAAAAGCUGUUGGACACUAUCAAAAAAAGAGCAGAAGGUCGUUCAGUUUUAUUCAAGAAAUUGGAAUCGGCAAUUGAAGACAAACCUCAUCCGAUAAAACUGUUUUUUGCUAGUAUGGCAGAAACUGUCAUGCUUUUUCCGCCAGCGCUUGCUGCUCGUACUAAGAUGCGAGUGAUGGAAGUCAUCCAUGAAUUGGAAUUGGAAAAUUAUGGAGCCAGUUCUACGUCAGCGUAUGACUCCCUAAGCCGCGUGCCUACCUCUGCUACUUCUUUGAGUUCUACGUCAUCGUAUCACCCUACAAGGCGAAAGUCAGAUACUACCACAUCUUAUAUAGACUCGUGUUAUUCGGCACCCAGUUCGGUUGAGCCGCCUAGAGUUUACGAAGACUGUGCUGAUUUAUUCAGCAGCACAACUUUCCAGUAA